GCUGUUUACCGGUGUGGAGAAUGCAAGCUAAAAGAAGAGACAGGACCCAACAGAACCAGCGCUGCGGGACAGACGCGGGUCCCACGCAUUCGUGAGCUGCGGCUCCGAGCCGCUGGGCGGCGCUAUGGCCGGGGAGCGGCGCGGGGGCUCCAGGCCACCGAGAGGCGCUGUGGGGCUGGAGGGAAGCGGCGCCGUGGGGAGCGCGCUGGCCGCACCGGAAGUGGCGACUGGCCCGCGCGAAUGGCGGCGGCGGCGGCGGCAAUGACAGCGACGGCCUGCGGAGGAGCUGGGGCGGCCCGCUCCCUCUCCCGCUUCCGAGGCUGCCUGGCUGGCGCGCUGCUCGGGGACUGCGUGGGCGCCAUCUACGAGGCGCACGACACCGUCAGCCUGACGUCAGUUCUGCGUCACGUCCAGAGCCUGGAGCCCGACCUCGGCUCGCCGGGCAGCGCGCGGACAGAAGCACUGUACUACACAGACGACACAGCCAUGGCCAGGGCCCUGGUGCAGUCCCUGCUGGCCAAGGAGGCCUUCGACGAGGUGGACAUGGCUCACAGGUUUGCUCAGGAGUACAAGAAAGACCCUGACCGGGGUUACGGUGCGGGAGUCAUCACCGUCUUCCGGAAGCUCCUCAGCCCCAAGUGCCGUGAUGUCUAUGAGCCUGCCCAGGCCCAGUUUAACGGGAAGGGCUCCUACGGCAACGGCGGUGCCAUGCGGGUGGCUGGCAUCUCCCUGGCCUACAGCAGCGUCCAGGACGUGCAGAAGUUCGCCCGGCUCUCGGCCCAGCUGACUCACGCCUCCUCCCUGGGCUACAACGGUGCCAUCCUGCAGGCCCUGGCUGUGCACCUGGCUUUGCAGGGUGAGUCGUCUAGUGAGCAUUUCCUCGAGCAACUUCUGGGCCACAUGGAAGAGCUGGAGAGUGAUGCCCAGUCCAUCUCGGAUGCCAGGGAGCUGGGCAUGGAGGAGCGUCCAUACUCCAGCCGGCUAAAGAAGAUUGGAGCGCUUCUGGGGCAGGACUCAGUGACCAGAGAGGAGGUGGUGUGUGAGCUCGGGAACGGCAUUGCUGCCUUCGAAUCUGUGCCCACUGCUAUCUACUGCUUCCUACGCUGCAUGGAGCCUGACCCCGAGAUCCCCUCUGCCUUCAAUAGCCUCCAGAGAACUCUUGUCUAUUCCAUCUCACUUGGCGGGGACACAGACACCAUUGCCACCAUGGCUGGGGCCAUUGCUGGCGCCUAUUAUGGCAUGGAACAGGUGCCAGAGAGCUGGCAGCAAAGCUGUGAGGGCUACGGGGAGACAGAUAUCCUUGCCCAGAGCCUGCACCGGGUCUUCCAGAAGAGUCUGUGAGGGCCACAGCUGCUGGGGCUCUGCCCUGUCCAGCAGGACCAGCUAGAGCUCAGAUGAGGAGCCCUGAGGUUCCCUGGGCUUGGUGCCUUGCCUCCGUCCCCACGUUGUGGGUGGAGCACACUCGGGGCAGGGCCUCUGGGGCUGGGCUGCUGGCUUCCUGCAGAGCCUAGGGUACUCGUGGCGUUUCCUUUUAUUAUCUAGGACAUGGAAUUGGAGGUGGAAAUGUUCUGCAGGAGCAUCAUUUCUCCAUGUUGCAAUUCAGCCAGUUUGCCAGAAAGCCUGCCUGUGACUGGCAGGGCCCCUGGGCAGCAAGUUUAUAUGCAUCAAGGAGACAGGCACUUGACUCCAGGUACAUUCCUGGCCCUUGGCUGUCAUGGGCUCAUUAACAGCUUCCAAUGGAAGUCACAGAGCAAUAAACAUUUUCAGUAAA